AUGCUACCAACUGACGCGAUGUCGACCACCCCGCCCCCCAAGAAGAAGUCUGGGAACUUGGGUGAUUUCACAGUCGGUGAAAUGAAGCUGAUUAUGGCUAGUGUUUUGUGCAUCUCUGGAAGGCUUGACACCGAUAAGCUUGGAAAGCUGAGCAACAUGAAAAAAAAAUCCGCGGCCAGCCGGUUUCCAGCCAUCAAGCGCAAGCUCGAGAAGAUGUUCGAGGAUCAGCUGGAUGCCCUAGAUGACGACCAGGAUGCAUCCACUGCCAAGGAAAAGUCCCCAGCUAAGAGCCGAGCGAAGAAGAGUGCUGGCAAAUUUGUUGAAGAACAGCUCGAGGCAAAACCUGAGAUCAAGACUGAGGCUAAAUCUGAGAGUACUGAGGAUGCUAUGAAGGUUGAGAUUCAAUCCGGAGACAACAACAACAGUCCGGUGAAGGUCGAGAGCGAUAGCGAUGUCGAAAUCAAGCCCGAACCUACCUACUAA